UCUCUCUAUUUGUCUAAUAAGGAAAAAAAAUAUAUUACGAUGGACUCUCGUUCAUCUUUUUCUUGCAUGGUUUUGACAACAGUCUUAUUGAUUUUCUCAAGCUUUCCAUGUAAAGCUCAACUUUCUUCCAACUUCUAUGACAGUACAUGUCCUAAUGCACUCAGUACUAUAAGGUCAGUUAUUGAUGCUGCUGUCUCGAAUGAGCAGAGAAUGGCUGCUUCACUCAUUCGCCUUCACUUCCAUGAUUGCUUUGUUCAGGGUUGUGAUGGGUCAAUUUUGCUGGAAGAUACAGCGUCGUUUACUGGAGAAAGAACUGCUCGCAACAAUGCUGGUUCCGUCAGAGGAUUCGGAGUCAUAGAUGAUGCUAAGGCUCAAGUUGAGAGCAUUUGUCCUGGAAUUGUAUCUUGUGCAGAUAUUCUUGCAGUUGCAGCUCGCGAUUCAUCCGUCGCUGUUGGUGGACCAUCUUGGACAGUGAAUCUUGGAAGAAGAGACUCCACCAGUGCUAGCCGAAGUCUAGCUGACAGCGACCUUCCUGCCUUUACAGACAGCCUAGACAGGCUCAUUUCUUUGUUCGGAAACAAGAAUUUAAAUGCAAGAGAUAUGGUUGCUCUUUCAGGAUCACAUACAAUUGGACAAGCUAGAUGCCUGACCUUCCGUGGAAGGAUUUACAACAACGCAAGUGAUAUUGAUCCUGAUUUUGCCAACACAAGAAGAAGCCAAUGUCCAAAUACUGGUGGGGAUGGAAAUCUUGCACCUCUUGAUCUGGUGACACCUAAUACAUUCGACAACAACUACUACUCGAAUCUUAUUGCAAGAAGAGGACUUCUUGAAUCAGACCAGGUGCUUUUCAGUGGCGGAUCUACAGACAGCAUUGUUAAUGAGUACAGCUCAGACUCUUCAGCUUUCAGUUCUGAUUUUGCGUCUGCCAUGGUUAAGAUGGGUAACAUAGACCCACUCACUGGUUCUCAAGGAGAGAUUCGCAGGAUUUGCACUGCUGUCAACUAAUUUCUCAACGGAUCUUUCAAGCGUCUAGAUAUUUAUAAGUAUGUCCCGAUCGAAAUAAAUUGUAUCAAAAUCAAUAUAUAGAUAUGUUCCAUUUGAGGCAUUUUGUCGUUUAUUUAUUUUCAACUGAAGUGUGUUUAAUUCCUCGAAGUUGUAAGUGUAAUUGAUCUCUACUUGUCCUGAGAUAGAAAUGUAAUGUAUUUUUCCCUGUUAUUGCUCGAGCAAUUCAUAAAUUAAGAGAAAAAAAACU